AAAAAAAAAAAAAGAAUCACUGCUCUGUCUCUCAGCCUCCUCUUCCAGGAUUGGCCGUCGCCUUGAGGGGAAUACUGGCCUUGCCUGUCUCCAGCCCUGUACCUCUCUGCCUCCUAUGCCUUUAAGCACAUGUUUUCUAUUUGCUGGGCUGUGAAAUCUGCUCUUCAUCUGAUGGGGUUUGCUUUAUAGGUGACUAGAUCCUUUUCUCUUGGUGGUUUUAGAAUUCGCAUUUUCACAUUGACCUUAAAUAGUCUGAUUAUAGUUUGCCACGGCAAAGACCCUUUGCAUUGCAUUGUUUGGGGAUAUUUGAGCCUCCUCUAUCUAGAUGUCUAAUCUCUUGUUAGAUGUGAGUAGUUUUCAUUAUUAUUUUAUUAAUGGGCUGGCAUGUGGGCCGUGGUUCCAGGCGGGCUCAGAGGGGCAGCUGCCUGAUAUCUGGACAGCUUCUCUUUCUGUCUUUUCUUACCUGGACUCUGGGUUGCUUGUUAGCUGCUUCUGCCAGUUCUGAGUUUUCAAGGGGAGAGGGGCCCAGUGAUGGCUGUUCUUUGAAGGAAAGGGAAGAAUGUCUCCUGUUUAACAUGUUUCUAUGUUUCCAGUUACUUGGUUAGUUAGUUAGAGCCAGGGUCUCUCGCUCUGUUGCGCAGGCUGGAGUGCAAUGGCAUGAUCGUGGCUCACAGCAGCCUCCACCUUCCAGGCUCGAGCAAUGCUCCCACCUCAGCCUCUCAAGCAGCUGGGACUGCAGCUGGACCCGCAGGCCCUGCAGGACAGAGACUGGCAGCGCACCGUCAUCGCCAUGAAUGGGAUCGAAGUAAAGCUCUCGGUCAAGUUCAACAGCAGGGAGUUCAGCUUGAAGAGGAUGCCGUCCCAAAAACAGACAAGGAUCUUCAGAGUCAAGAUUGCUGUGGUCACCAAGAGAGAGAGGUCCAAGGUGCCCUACAUCGUGCGCCAGUGCGUGGAGGAGAUCGAGCGCCGAGGCAUGGAGGAGGUGGGCAUCUACCGCGUGUCCGGUGUGGCCACGGACAUCCAGGCACUGAAGGCAGCCUUCGACGUCAAUAACAAGGACGUGUCGGUGAUGAUGAGCGAGACGGACAUGAACGCCAUCGCAGGCACGCUGAAGCUGUACUUCCGUGAGCUGCCCGAGCCCCUCUUCACUGACGAGUUCUACCCCAACUUCGCAGAGGGCAUCGCUCUCUCAGACCCAGUUGCAAAGAAGAGCUGCAUGCUCAACCUGCUGUCGUCCCUGCCGGAGGCCAACCUGCUCACCUUCCUUUUCCUUCUAGACCACCUGGAAAGGGUGGCAGAGAAGGAGGUGGUCAAUAAGAUGUCCCUGCACAACCUCGCCACUGUCUUUGGCCCCACGCGGCUCUGGCCCUCCGAGAAGGAGAGCAAGCUCCCUGCCAACCCCAGCCAGCCCAUCACCAUGACUGACAGCAGGUCCUUGGAGGUCAUGUCCCAGAUCCAGAUACCUAAUAAGAUGCUGGAAUGUAAUCCCUGGACAAUCCGUGUCCUGGCAGCAUUUGGUCUUCCUCUAAGCGCCUGGCUCCGCUGUUCUCAGGAGUGGGUUCUGAAGUCUCUGGAGAACAGGAUCCGUGGAGGGUUAGGAAGGGGCCAGGCCUAGAGAUGGGAGACUCCCUCCCGGAGCAGGUGGAGGCACAGGACCAUUCGCUACCCUAUCUGCCGACACCUGCGGGGGAGCCCAGGCAUUCUUUGUAAGCCCUCCUGACCACCUGGCUCAAAGAAAACAGAAGCAUGGAGGCCGCCAAGUAUUUUCAAGAAAUAAUCCCUUGAACAUGGCAUCACUUUUUUAGAAAGAGGGGCUUGGGGCAGGCAGAGGAGAGAAGGGAGAGCAAACUGAGAGCCAAGUUUCCAGACGGUCCUGCAGGAGGAGAGGAUGCAGCUGCCCAGAGGGAAGCAGGAUCACAUUUAAGGAAGUGUGUGGGGUCCCUGGAUGACACCAGCACCCAGUGGGGCUCUGUCUGGCAACCGCUCCCAAGGUGGGAGGAGUGGGUGUCCCCUGUGUGUCAGUGGGCAGCUCCUGUUGAACCCGCAGCUCACUGGGGAGCCUGACAGUGGGGCCAUGCGCCUGACACUCCUCUCUGCUUGUGGACCUGGCAAGGCAGGGAGCAGAAAACAGAGCCACUUGAAGGCUUUCUGUCUGCGUCUGUGUGCAGUGUGGAUUUAGUUGUGCUUUUUUCUUGCUGGGAGAGCACAGCCACCAUUUACAAGCAGUGUCACCCUCAUGGGUGGCAAGGACAGAACAGGAGCCUCUGCUCUCUGUACCUAUCUGGGCCCGGUGGGCUCCCCUGUCCUGGCUUCCAUCUCUGUCUCAGCGACCAUUCAGCCCUGCACAGGAACACAUAUUGCUUAGAAAAGCCAAAUCCAGCCCUUGUCUCUGCCUCCUCUGGUCUCAUGAUGUGCAUCUAUUACCUUGAAACUGGAAACCAGUCUAUCAAUGUCUGUGCCAAUUUUUUAUUCCCUCCCCAACCUCCUUCCCCAUACGACUUUUUAUUUAUGUAAGAUGUGUGCUGUCUAAUGAUGGGAUGACCACACUUUUCCAUGUUCUAAAAGUGCUCCUCUCCCGCAGGGUCCCAGGGCUGGUGGUUGCUUUGGGUCUACAGCUACGUCUUACCCACCUCCUGCCUCAAAAGCCUGUGUGGUGGCAAAGCCGGUGUGGGGCUGGGGAACGCAGCGUUCUCCAGGAGGGGGACCCGGCUCUCCUUCUGCAAUGCAGGCAAAGGCCUAGAUGCCAGUGUGACCUCCCACAAGGCAUGGCUUCCAGACUCCCCGACCAGAAGUGAUGCUGUUUUGCCUCGGGCCCUGGGUUUGAAGCAGCCUGGCUUUCUCUUGGUAAGUGGCUGGUGUCUUAGCAGCUGCAAUCUGAGCUCAGCCACCUACCCACCACCGUGGCCGACACUUUCAUUAAAAAGUUU